AUGGCGAACGUCAAAUCCACAAAGAAAAAGGCACCGCCUCCAAAACAAAUAGCUAGCUCGGACGAAGAGGAUGAAUCUGAUUUCUACACCGACACUGAAUAUGCCUCCCAGGAAAAUGACCAACUGAAUGAGUCAAAUCCCCAUUCUACAACGACAUCUGAAACCGAGUCCAUCAACCGAGAGUUUUCAGCUCAAGAUAAUAGAAAUGCACCUGCAACCGAAGUUGUCAGAAGAGAAACAGCGCUGCCAGUCAAAGGUGGAAUAGCUCCAAUCAAACCGCUGACUGAGAGGGCUGGGUCCGGUCAGAUAGCCAAAGAUCCUGGAAGUGCUUUAAGCUUGAGGCUUGAUCUAAACCUCGACAUUGAGGUCGAGCUCAAGGCCAAGAUACGGGGUGAUUUGACGUUGAGUCUUUUGUGA